AUCUCAGAAGAUGCUGAAAGAUACCUGACUAGUGUAUGGCUGACCCGGUUUGUUCCUUCAGUCCACAUUCUUGUAUUCGCACUGAGCCUUCCUCUGAACCUCAUGGCAAUCUUUAUGUUUGUGGUCAGACUGAAGCUUAAGAAACCAGCCGUUGUGUACAUGUUCAACUUGGCCUCUGCUGAUGUGCUCUUUGUGAGUACGCUACCUUUUAAGAUUUCCUACCAUUUUUCUGGACACAAUUGGACCUUUGGACCUGAAAUGUGCCGCUUUGUCACUGCCACCUUUUACUGCAAUACGUACUGCUCCAUAUUGCUGAUAAUGGCAAUAAGCAUUGACCGUUUCCUGGCAGUGGUGUACCCAAUGCGGGCUCUGUCAUGGCGCACGGUAAGGUGUGCCUCUGUGGCAUGCUGUGUCAUCUGGCUUGUAGCCAUAGCUGGAGUUAUCCCUCUGCUUAUCACAGAACAAACAAAGAGAAUCCCUCAGUUAAACAUCACUACCUGCCUUGAUGUGCUAGAUGUAUCUAUUGUUAUGAAAAUGUAUCAGUAUUAUUUUCCUGCAUUAUCUGUUUCCUUCUUUUUUAUCCCAGUAAUAAUUUCUACCACCUGCUAUGUGUGCAUUAUCAAAAACCUUAGCUCAUCUAAAAUUACUGCUACAAAGCCCGGUAAGAAGAGGCAGGCCAUACUCCUGUCUGCUGCUGUCUUGUGUUCUUUUAUUUUUUGUUUUGGGCCAACAAAUGUCUUAGUGUUGGUGCAAAGCUUAUUCUUUCCACCUGAUCAGCCACUGAAGAGUCUCUCUUAUGCCAUUAUGCUGGCGGUCUGUAUGAGCACCAUCAAUUGUUGCAUUGACCCCUUGAUUUAUUAUUAUGCUUGUUCUGCGUGUCGAAGGAAGGUCAAGAAGCUCCUGUGCCAUAAAGAACAUUCAGAGCUUGGAAAAGGAAGUCAGACAACCAGUAGUAAAAUGACAACCUUUUCUAGUGGUUUGAAUCAUUUAGUGAAGGUAUGUACUGAAGCUGAGACUGACAAUGUGGUGGGUGGAAAGUGUCAUCCAGUUGCAACUGAUUUAUAA